UGGAAGCAGCGUGCACGAGCCCGGAGGUCGCUGCUGUUUUCUGGGUAAAGCAGGGUCGGUGCAGCAGCAGAGGGAGCCACGACUUUAUCCUCCUUAGGAAUAUCAUGAUGCUUGAAGCUCUCCCACUGCGGCCAUGAAAGUUUCAGUCUAUAUUUUGUCACGGAAUCACAAAACAGGUGCGGGUUCCCUGAAGAAGAGUCCCAUUUAACCACUUAACUGCCCGCCUGCUCUGUCUUUGCGCUUCCUUGAUCCGAGGUGGGUGUGCGUCACCUGGAAAGAAGUCAAACAGGUUGAGCAGAUUUGCGCAAAAUGACACCAAACCGGAUAUCUGCACAUAUUACCGGUGACCCCCGUCAGGUUUGAUGUCGCUCAGCACGUGUUUCAGUUUGUUUUUUCAGUGGUGUAUGAGUUUAUUUCAGUCAUAAAGGCUUUGAUGAAGACAGCAGGUAUGGAUCUGAGCCAUCGAUCGAGCGUGACUGAUCAUGAUCUCCUACAGUUGAAGUAACUGCGUGCGCGCUGCCUUUCGUGGACGAGGAAGUUGGAACUAGAGCGGAGUCUCAUAUGUGUGCCUAACAUAUGUGAACAAUGGACGAGUAUUGGUUCGAUUCAACAUAAAACACCAUCAACGUGUCUUCCGGUUUUCAGUGCGCCAAUGUGCCUCCACAAACGCGCGCUAUUGCGCGUAGGACUGCUGCUCUUCCUGCUCCAUUUGGGCACAUGUCUGGAGGGCUGUGUACUCUGCAUUGUGGGACAACCGGUGGCGCUGCCCUGCCUUUACCCUGAGCUGAAUCCAUUUGGGAAUUUUUCUAUUGAGUGGAGGAAAAAUGACCAAAAGUUGCUGAGCUCACAGUGGAGGGACGAUGGAAAUGUGGAGAUAUGUAGCCUGAACUAUGCCAGAAUUCCUGAUGAUGCUGCACAGAAUGGAAAUUUUUCUCUGGAACUUCCAAAAGUUCAUCCCAAGCAGGACAAGAUGAAUUUUAGCCUGUUUUUCUCUGCAGGAGAAAAUGAAAGCACAGAACUUUGCACCCUGUGCCUCAGGGUAGCAGCCAGUUUCAGCCCCCCAGAGCUGCAGAGCGAAGAGACAGCAGAAGGAAAUGAGACAACCUUCCUGUGUCUCUCCGGCGGCGGUUACCCUGAACCUGUAGUUACUUGGCUCAUCAGUGACAGCUUGAAGCCCCCCGAAGGCUCGGUUAGAACUUUGGCAGAACCACACCCUGAGUCCCAGCUCUACAACGUCACAAGUUACCUGACUGUCAACAUUUCCAAAGACAGCAGUGUGACGUGCAUCAUAGAGAAUCCGUCCAUGAAUGAAAGCCUGAGAGUCACAAGAUAUGGAGCGAGCAGCACCGCAAUGGUGGGUCGAGCAUCAGAAGCCAUGUGGAUCUUCAGCACGGUUCUGUGUGUGGUGGUCGGGAUCAUGGUGAUGGCAGGAGUGGCGUACCAGAUUCAUCUGGACAGACUCACCAAGAGAAGGAAAAAAGAGAACAGAGAAGAGCAGAGAGGAUAUAAAAGAAAAUUCCAGUUCAUGGAGGAAACUGAAGCCAUGACGGUGGACAAAAAGGAGACUGAUGUUUAAACACAUUUUUGUUUUUUUAAAUCAAAAUAAGCUGUUUGUCAACUGUGUAGUGAUAAUUUUAAUUUAAGUUUGUUUUUAGCAUCUAAAGACUCAGAUUAAAUGCUGUUUGUUAUGCAGAUGUAAGCACAGCUUUGGAUUUCUGAGGUUUUUUCAUCAUGCUUUUUUAUGGUUUAAUGCUGUGUUUCAGAUUAAAUAAAGAUUCAUCAACUCCCA